UUUAUAUUUUAGCACUAUCGCCUCACUUGGCGCUUCCCCUGAGGUGGUACGGUCUGCCCAGUGCCCAUUGGUACAGUCCAACGGCAGGCGGGAAAACGCUGAAGGUCACGUGACACGAGCUUAUCCGUCAACAUGGCGACGGGCAGGAAACGGCAGGGAAGCGUAGCUUAGUAACAAGAAGCCUCCUGGUCUACCGAGGAAGCACGGAGGCGUUUGUCUGUUUUCAGAAGAUUAUCGUUCGGUUGUCGGCGCACUGAUCUGCGUCGGGCGGUUUGCAGCUGCCCCCCCCUCCUCCCCGUGUGACCGAGCUCUGAAGCAGCAGGAUGCCGGGGAAAACCGGUGACCACUUCAAACCAGGAGACUUGGUGUUCGCCAAGAUGAAGGGCUUCCCUCACUGGCCCGCCAGGAUCUGUAAGUCGGAGGAUGGAUACAAGAAGCGAGUCCCGGUCUUCUUCUUCGGGACCCAUCAGAUAGGUCACCUCCCUCCGGAGAACAUCGUUCCUUACGCCGGCAACAAGCUGAAGUACGGCGCCGGCGUCCGCAUCAAAGGCUUCGCGGAGGGCAUGUGGGAGAUCCAGAACACGCCCGGAGUCGGGAGUAAACUCAAAGUACCAGCACAGACCAACACGCAAAAAACACCUGCUAAACCGACUUCUGCCGCUAAAACUACACCUGCUAAACCGACUUCUGCCGCUAAAACUACAAACGACCAACUUAAAAACACCCCGACUAAAUCAGCUCCCAGUAAAUCUGCCGCUGCAAAGCCCGACGGUAAACCAGCUGCUGGCGGAGGUUCUCCAAGCAGAGUUGCGAGUGAAAAGGAAACUGCUGCUGCUGCUAGAACUUGCACACGAGCUUCAUUAAGAUCUGCUCCAGAGAAAACAACAGACUCCAAACUGACUUCCGAACAGGCUCCAAGAGACGUCGCCGCAGCAGACGUCGCCGAGACUACUGCGACCACAAGAAGCAGGACGGCAGCCGCUAGAAGCAGCGAAAGCACCGCUAAUGCCACUUCAGCAGGGAACAAAAAGACAACAGCACAAACUGCGAAAACAAGAACUCCCUCCAGAGCCUCUUUGGGUGAAACUGCUCCGAACAAACGCGCCGAGAAACCGACGGCUGCGGCUGAAGCUAACAACCUAACAAGUAAAGUUACAGCUGAGAGGAGACGUCCGGGCGCCACAGAAGCCCCAGCGAAGGCAACAGACUCCAGACCAGCUGCUGAGAAGGUUGAAAUAUCGUCAGCCUCCACCGCUACAGAUACUGAGGAGGCUGCAGCUGCGAGUCGCGCUACCACCAGAAGCAAAACCGCAGAGUCCAAGGUCGAAGCUGAGCAGCACAAGAAGAGAGCGUCUGCUAGUCCUGCUGUGACCUCUCCAGUCAGCAAGAAGCCGAAGACCACAGAACCAAAGUCUGCUCCGACACAAACGUCCGGGAGCGACGGAGGGCAGAAAGACCGCGAGGAGGCCGAGGAAGAAACGGGGGAGAAGAAGUCAUCAGAGAGGAAGAGGGAAGAGGAGGAGGUGCAGAAGCAAACCGGUCAGGACGAAAAGAAGGAGGUGACGAUGAAAGACAAGACGACGUCAGAGAGCCAAGGCACAAAAAGGAAGAAAGACGGAGAGGAGAAAGUAGAGGAGGAGAAACAGAAGAAAGCAACGCAGGAUGAAGGUGUGGAAGGAAAGAAAGAAGUGAUGGCGGAAGAAAGUAAGUCAGCAGAGACCCGAGGGAUGAGGACGAGGAGAGCAGAGAAAGGGGAACAGGAGGAGGAGAAGAACAAAACAAAACAAGACGGCAGCAAGGAGAAGACGAGGAGAGAAACGAGGUCGGAGAGCGAAGGAAGAAAAAGAGCGAGAGAAAAGGAGGCACAGCUGAAAACGAAAAAUGUUACAGAAGGAAAUAAAGAAGUGACGACGACAAGAGAGGAGAGCCGAGGGACAAAGAGGAAGAGGGAGGAGAAAACAGUACAGGAUGAGGAAGGAGAGAAAGAAGAGAUGAAGAAGAAGAAGAAGGUGACGGAGGAGGAGGAAACUGGAGAGAGUGAAGGGACGAAAACGAGGAGAGCAGAGAAAGAGGAGGAGGAGGAGGAAGAGAAAGAUGGCGGUUCUGUGGACGAGGAGCGACAGCGCCGCCUGGCGGCCAAGAGGGAGAGCUUGUUGAAAUCUCUGCGAGGACUGCUGAAGGCCGGCAGAGGAGUGAAGAGGAGGGAGACGACGAAGAGUUCCCAGAAAACCGGGGAUGGAGCGAAGAAGAGGGUCGAGGUUAGAAAGACAGGAAGUCAGACGUCAGACAAGAAGAGUGUCCGAGAAUCAGCCGUCGCCAAGAAAUCAGGCGUCGAAGCCUUCGUCAGUAAGAGGAAAGACAAAGGUGACUCCAAGGCGGUCAAAAAAACAACAAGGGUCAAACUGAAAGAAAGUGGUAAAAAAGAAGGAAAGGAUGAGGUGAAGACUACAGCACAGAAGAAAAGAGACGUAAAGAAGGAUGAACAGAAGACAAAGGACAGGAAGGCUGACAGAGCCGCUCAAAUCAACACAACCACCACUAAAACUACAGAUGAAGUGAAGACAAAAGAAAAGGAGAGCGGGCAGAAGAAGGAAGACAAGACGAAGACUGAGGGAAAGAAAAAUGGGGACGUGAAAGACAAGAAAGGAGAGGACGCGAGGAGCGAUGAAACAAAGCAGCAGAAAGACGAAGACAGCAAGGACGAGAGAAAAAUUAUUGGAAAGAUUGUGAAGGCAACGGGCGGACAGGGGACGAAGGUGCAGGUGAAGACGAUAAUGGGAGGAACGGCGGCGGCGGAGGAGGAGAAGAAGAAGAAAGAGGACAAGACGAGCAGAGAAGAAAAGGUAGAAGAAAAGAAAAAAACCUCAGAAAAGGCGAAGCAGGCAGAGAGAGAGAAGAGGGGGAGCGCCGAAGAGGAGAAAUCGGUAGAAAAAAGUGCAGAGGCGGAGAGGAAGCCGGACAGAACGAGAGCAGCGACGGAGGACAAGAACGUAACGGAGGUAGAGAAGGAUAAAAAGGGCAAGGGGGAAGAGCAGAAACGAAAGAAGAGCGGCGAAGAGGAGGCGCUGAAAAAGCACGAAGAGGAGCAGAAGGUGAAACUGCAAGACCAGAACAAAACUGAGGUGGAAAAAAUGACGACAAGAGAACAGAAGAAGAGGAGAGAGGAAAAGGGUGAAAAACUUCAACCACAAGAGAAGAAGGACGACAGAGACGCUGCAGAGCGGGAACAGAAGGGCGCCGCCGAUACAAAACCACAGAAGAAGAGAGCAGAAGAGAAGAACAGUGACGAAUCGACAGCGGAGAGAGCGGAGACGCCACACGCAGAGUCAACAAAAGAAGCAGCGGUGGAGAAGACGAGCGCAGAAGAAAGCAAAACGAAGAGUUAUUGGUCAGACGGAGAGGUGAAGCAGCAGCAGAAGAAGAGUUCGACCAUGACGCUGACGGACUCGACUCUGCACCGGAUCCACGGAGACAUCAGGAUUUCCCUGAAGACUGACAACCCUGACAUCAGUAAGUGUCUGACGGCGUUGGAUCAGCUCAGUAUGGUUUAUGUGACGGCUAUACACGUGCAGAGACACAGCGAGCUCGUCGCCACUCUGAGAAAGCUGCGGUACUAUAGAGCGAACCAGGCCAUCAUGGACAAGGCCUCCAUGCUGUACAACCGCUUCAAAAACGCCUUCCUGGUGGGGGAGGGGGAAGAGGUGGUGAGUGCCACCUACCUGCGCUCUCUGCUGGAGGAGAAGGAGAGGGAGGAGGCCCAGCGGGUGGAGCACUGCAGGGAGAGGCUGACGAGGGAGGAGCUGCUGCAAGAGGUGAAGAGGCGCAUGGGCCAAGUGAAGGGGAGGAGGACGACUGUCAGAGGAGGAGGAGGGGAGGAAGAGGGAACGGAGGAGGAGGAGAGGAAGAGCGAGGUACAGAAAGAAAAGGCGAAAACCGAAGCUCCAGUGGACUUUUCCUGAAGGCUCAGUGUUUCUGAAGCAGCCGGACCGAACCAACUAUAAUCUGAGGGGUGUUGACCUGAAACAAUCCCCCCACAUGGACAAUGAGAACUUCCACAACCAUUUACCUCAUCACACAUACACAAAUCAGUGUUUCAACUGUACAGCUCUAAUUAUUUAUUUCCUGUUGUAAAAGAAAAGGGUGUUGUUAUAUUUGAAUAGGAGUGAACAGUGUUUGGGUGGAUUGUCACACCUGAGCAGGUACAGUAUAUUUGGAUGAUGAUGGCCGACACUUUGUUGUCGGUGUUGUUCAUCGUGACGUAACAGCUCCUAACAUUGGUGCAUUAAUACAGUUAAUACUGACUUUACCAGAACAGUAUUUAUCUCUCAUCCACUAACUCUCUUGUUUAUAACUUAUUGCAUUACAUGCCUUAACUUGAGCAUAACUUUUUGAAACCUCAACCCUUACCUGUCUUUUUUAAGCUAACCUAACCUUAACUAUCUUUUAACCCUAAAAUUACCCUUAUAACCUUAAUCCAGCUCUGAUGUAGGACUGUCAUACGAUAACACCUCCACUGCAUUUGGGUUUUGGUAGAAAUCUCAAAACCUGGACAGAUAAAACUCAACAUAACCUUAACCUACCUCUGGUAACUGGUAACUGUUAUGAGGAGAGGAUACAUUAUUUUUUUUUAAAUGUUUCAGUAAUAGUACUUAUGGGGACAUCUGGACCUUGCAAGGCUGUGUAAAAUCUGGUUGUAAACUCAACUCUCGUUACUAACCCUGCUCUGUCAUUUUAAAGGUGCUCUGUUCUUUCACAUCCCUAAAUCAGCGGCUGCAAAUGAACGUAGAUAAAUGAGUAUAGUUAAAGUUUAAAAACCACCAUGUUUAUGCUGUUGAGGGGGGAUGGGGCUGAUGGGAAAUGUGGUCUUAUUGAAAUGUGCUUUUUUUUUUUUAUUUGACGUCAGAUGGAUGUUAAAAUGACACUUACAGCAGCUUUAAACCCUAAAUUAAUGCAUUAAACCGCCUCAUUGAACCUUGACAUUCACACUUCAGCUGCUGGGGAGGACUCGAUGCCUUGCUCAAGGGCCCAGCAGCAGUAAACUUACAAAGAACCAUCAGGGCUGCUCAGUGUUUUUAUAAAACUUUGUACAGCAAGAUAUUUUAUUCUGUAUUUUAUGGUGACACAGUGAGAUCAUUUUUAUUCUUUUUUUAUACUUUUACUUGUGUUGUUGUUACAGUUGUUUUCUAGAAGGACGUUACUCACUUUGCUGUAAAUGUCUGAUAUGUAAUUUGUACUUUCAGAAAUUAUAAAACACGACUGAUUUACAAACCUGA